AUUGACAUCAGAAAGAAUCAUGGCGGAACUAGACAUUGGGAAACAUUGUAACAUAAAGUCCUGCAAUCAAACAGAUUUUCUACCAUUCAUUUGUAAGGCCUGCAGUGGUGUUUUCUGCCUUGAACACAGAAGUCGAGAUUCGCAUGCUUGUCCUGUGGUGGAUGUUGAAAAAGAAGUACAUGUGUCUGGCGGCAGUACAAGUUACCCAUGCACAUUUGAGGACUGCAAAGGAAAAGAACUGCUGCCGGUCAUAUGUCCACACUGCAAGAAACAUUUCUGUUUGGCCCAUCGUCACCAAGAUGACCACAAGUGUGAGAAACUGGAGACGACCAAGCCACGCAUGGCUGCCACGCAGGAACUGGUGCAGAAGAUUGUAGAGUCCAAGAAGGCUUUGCCUCCGAGCAAAGGUCGCAAGGGGGCAAAGAACGCUGCAACCGCAGCCAAGGUGGCUUUGAUGAAACUGAAGCUUCAUGCUGCCGGAGACAAGGGACUGCCACAGACAGAGAGGACAUAUUUCAAUGUUUUGCUACCCAAAGAGGGCAAGGAUGCCAGCCUGCCCAUGUUCUUUUGUACCAAGUGGAGCGUGGGUAAAGUUGUCGACUACGCUGCUUCACUGGCCAGCCUGAAGAACAACAACAACAUACUAACAGCUAAGAAGCUGAGGCUCUGCCAUCCACAGACAGGGGAGGCUCUUAGGAUGGACGACACCCUUCUUUCCCUGCUGGCUCACCCAGAAUCGCCCCUCUACAAUGGGGGCAAUGUGAUUCUAGAGUACUUGGACAACGAUUGUUCAGGCCUGGAGGACACCUCUGCCUACAUCUGACAGUCCUGACUCACAUGUCCGAAAAAUAGUCAGAAUAUUUUUGGAUUAUUUGAAUCAGUGUUUUUUAAAAUUUUAUUUAUGCUAAUAAAGAUUUUCAGAAGACAG